AUGGAUUUUCAAGGACUUUUCUGGUUUCUAUUUUAUUGCUGUGUGUCAUUUCAUGUGGCGCAAAAUACAAUGCUUGGCCACUUGAGUAAUCCACUUGAUAAUCAACACAAGAAUGCGCCGAAAAUAAUCAAUGGCACUGAGGCGAAAUGGGAAGGGACGCGACAUCAGGUGUCGGUACGUUUGGCCGCAAGUGAUUGGUUCUUUGGCGCUGGUCACAUAUGCGGCGGUUCACUUAUCGCACCCAGAACCGUACUCACGGCCGGUCAUUGCAUAUGGAGUGCCGGCGCAAAACGUUUUCGCAAUGCCAGCGCUUACACUGUGGUAAUGGGAAAUUUGAAUCGUUAUCAGCGUGAUGCAAAUACUUUGAUUUUUGGUGUGGCUAAGAUUUCUGUGCACCGCAACUUCAAUGCGACCACAUACGAAGCUGACGUGGCACUGUUGCAUUUGAACGCUAGCGUAACGACAGAUUUCAAACGCGCCUACUCAAUACCACUAAACGAUGAGCGAAAUAUGACUGCUGGCAGCAUCUGUCAAGUGUCCGGUUGGGGUAGAACCGAAGAUGGUGGUUUUGCACCGCAAUUGAUGGUGGUUGAUGUGGCCAUUGUGAAUAGAAGUCAGUGCGCUAUUAAUUACGGCGAAUUCAUAGGCGACGGCAUGAUUUGUGCAGGUUACAUGGCUGGCGGACGCGAUGCUUGUGUUGGCGAUUCUGGCGGCCCAUUGGCAUGCGAUGGCAAGCUGGUGGGUGUGGUGUCGUUUGGUGUGGGCUGUGCGCAACCCGGCUAUCCUGGCGUGUAUGCUGAUGUGGCCAGCUACGCAGAGUGGAUACACAAUGAAACGAAGUUAGUGGAUGAUGUCGAAGGCCACGGUGAUGAUGGUGUCUACGGUGAUGCUGGUUUGGGUGAUGAUGGCAAUGCUGGUUCUUUGCCGAUUAGCUACGGUGGUGUCGUUGGGAGUAAUGCUGCUGGCGCGCGGUGCAUUGUAAACUUGACAUUUGCUCUUUGGCUCCUAUUCGUUUGGGCUUGA